UCUUCUCCUUCGCUUCACAUCUCUCUCCUCUUCUGUCCUUUAAAUCCCUAGAGAGAGAAAGUUCGUGUAGAGAGAGAAAGACUGGUAAAAGCCGCGACGUCUCGCAGUCUUCGUCUUCGUUCUCGUAAAUAAAAAGCUUCGAUCUGUUUCUUUGUCUCUCAUUCAAUCUAGUUUUGGUUGGGUUGAAGACAAGCAUGUCGUCUCUGAGUAGAGAACUUGUAUUUCUUAUUCUUCAAUUUCUGGAGGAAGAGAAAUUUAAAGAGGCUGUUCACAAAUUGGAGCAAGAGUCCGGGUUUUUCUUUAACAUGAGACAUUUUGAGGAUAUGGUGACAAACGGGGAUUGGGAUGAGGUGGAGAAGUAUUUGUCUGGAUUCACAAAGGUUGAUGAUAAUAGAUACUCCAUGAAGAUCUUCUUUGAGAUCCGAAAACAGAAGUACUUAGAAGCGCUAGACAAGAAGGAUCGUGCGAAAGCCGUGGAUGUUCUGGUGAAGGAUUUGAAAGUUUUUUCAACUUUUAAUGAGGACCUCUUUAAGGAAAUAACACAACUUUUGACCUUGGAGAACUUUAGAGAUAAUGAGCAGCUAUCUAAAUACGGAGAUACUAAGUCUGCUAGGAGUAUAAUGCUAGCAGAACUUAAAAAGUUGAUUGAAGCAAACCCCCUGUUUCGUGAGAAGCUAACUUUUCCUAACUUGAAGAACUCAAGAUUGCGGACGCUAAUUAACCAAAGCUUAAAUUGGCAGCACCAGCUUUGCAAGAAUCCAAAGCCUAAUCCUGACAUAAAAACCCUGUUUGUAGACCAUUCUUGUGGACAAUCACAACCAAAUGGUGCUCAUGCCCCGUCGCCUGUAACUAACCCACUAAUGGGUGCUGUUCCUAAAGCUGGAGGCUUUCCGCCGCUGGGUGCUCAUGGUCCAUUCCAGCCAGCACAAGCUGCUCUGCCAACAUCUAUUGCAGGAUGGAUGACUAAUCCAUCUCCGGUUCCUCACGCAUCCGCUUCUGCUGGGCCCAUUGGUUUCAUUCCAGCUAAUAAUGCUGGCACUUCAACAGGUAUUCUAAAGCGCCCCAGGACUCCUACAAAUAAUGCAGCUGUGGAUUAUCAGACAGCAGAUUCUGAACAUGUAUUGAAGAGAUCAAGACCUUUUGGAAUACCAGACGAAGUACUGCAUAACAAUUCCUCGGUCAAUAAUCUGCCUGUAAAUAUUCUGCCUGUUGGAUACCAUGGUCAGAGCCAUGGUCAGAGUUCAUACUCUUCUGAUGAUUUGCCCAAGGCUGUUGUUAUGACUCUAAAUCAAGGUUCAGCCGUGAAGAGUAUGGAUUUCCAUCCAGUUCAACAAAUUCUACUACUUGUCGGAAUAAACACUGGAGAGAUCAUGGUGUGGGACCUCAGUAGUAGGGAGAGGCUUGCUGUUAGGAAUUUCAAGGUUUGGGAACUCCAAGCAUGCUCAAUGCCUCUGCAGGCAUCUCUGGCCAAUGAUUAUACUGCAUCUAUCAACCGUGUGAUUUGGAGUCCUGACGGUACCUUAUUUGGUGUUGCAUACUCCAAGAACAUUGUGCACAUAUAUUCCUACCAUGGUGGCAAUGAUGUACGAAACCAUCUAGAGAUUGAUGCUCAUUCUGGUAGUGUUAACGAUCUUGCAUUCUCUUACCCAAACAAACAACUUUCUAUUGUCACAUGCGGGGAGGAUCGGCUCAUUAAGGUGUGGGAUGCAGUUACAGGGAAUAAGCAGUAUACUUUUGAGGGUCAUGAAGCACCCGUCUAUUCUGUAUGUCCACAUCGCAAGGAAAACAUUCAGUUUAUUUUUUCGACGGCAACUGAUGGGAAAAUAAAGGCGUGGUUGUAUGAUGACAUGGGUUCUAGAGUUGACUAUGAUGCUCCAGGUCAUUCAUCCAUCACAAUGUCAUACAGUGCUGAUGGGACCAGGUUAUUCUCUUGUGGGACCAAUAAAGAAGGAGAUUCAUUUCUUGUGGAAUGGAAUGAAAGUGAGGGAGCUGUCAAGCGUACUUAUCAUGGUCUUGGAAAGCGAUCCGUGGGUGUUGUGCAAUUUGAUACCACAAAGAAUAGAGUCUUGGCUGCUGGUGAUGAGUUCAUGGUCAAAUUUUGGGAAAUGGACAAUGUUAACUUAUUGACAACUAUUGAUGCUGAGGGUGGAUUACCGGCUUCUCCCUGUAUCCGAUUCAACAAGGAAGGUAUGUUUAUGGCUGUUUCAACAAAUGAGAAUGGUAUCAAAAUCCUAGCAAAUACAGAUGGCAUCAGGCUACUACGGACGGUUGAAAAUCGUUCGUUUGAUACUUCUAGAGUUGGCUCUGCUGCUGUUGCGAAGGCUCCUACAAUGGGAACAUUUGGUGCUGCUAAUGCACCUGUCGGAUCGAGCAUCGUAGAUCGAGCUGCUCCAAUGGCAUCCAUUGUUGCAAUGAAUGGUGACAAUCGAAGUUUGGUAGACAUAAAACCCAGAAUUGCUGAGGAGUCAGUAGACAAAUCCAGGAUCUGGAAACUGACAGAAAUCAAUGAACCAUCACAAUGCCGAUCCCUAAGGCUCCCGGAUAAUAUGACAGCAACAAAGGUUUCUAAGAUGAUCUAUACAAAUUCAGGACUUGCGAUUUUGACACUGUCAGCCAAUGCAGUGCACAAACUCUGGAAAUGGCAGAGAAAUGAACGGAAUGUGUCUGGCAAGGCAACUACUAGUGUUGCACCACAGCUCUGGCAACCUUCAAGUGGAAUAUUGAUGAUGAAUGAUGUUAGCGAUACAAAUCCUGAAGAUGCUGUUCCCUGCUUCGCACUAUCGAAGAAUGACUCUUAUGUAAUGUCAGCCUCAGGAGGGAAAAUCUCGUUAUUUAAUAUGAUGACAUUCAAGACAAUGACAACGUUCAUGCCGCCUCCACCUGCAGCAACAUUUUUAGCAUUCCAUCCUCAGGACAAUAAUAUCAUUGCAAUAGGGAUGGAGGACUCUUCUAUCCAAAUAUAUAAUGUCCGAGUUGAUGAGGUCAAAACUAAGCUAAAAGGCCAUCAGAAAAGAAUAACAGGCCUUGCCUUCUCUAAUGUUCUCAAUGUUCUGGUAUCUUCAGGUGCUGAUUCUCAGUUGUGUGUUUGGAGCACAGAUGGAUGGGAGAAGCAAACAAAUAAAUACUUGCAGGUUCCAAGUGGGCGAACACCGAAUCCUCUUGCAGAUACUCGUGUACAGUUUCACCAAGAUCAGAUUCAUUUAUUGGCAGUCCAUGAAACUCAGAUAGCCAUAUAUGAAGCACCUAAACUGGAAUGCCUUAAGCAGUGGGUUCCUCGAGAAGCAAGUGGUCCAAUCACACAUGCUACAUAUUCCUGUGAUAGCCAAUCCAUAUAUGUCAGUUUCGAAGAUGGCAGUGUUGGUAUUCUGACUGCUGCAACACUACGAUUAAGAUGUCGAAUCAACCCUACUUCCUAUCUACCUGCCAACCCGAGCUCAAGAGCUUAUCCUCUUGUCGUUGCGGCACAUCCAUCUGAACCUAAUCAAUUUGCAGUAGGACUUACCGAUGGUGGAGUCUAUAUCGUCGAGCCACUAGAAGCAGAAGGUAAAUGGGGCACCUCCCCUCCCCACGAAAAUGGCGCCGGGCCUAGCACCACCUCCGGUGCAGCCAAUUCAGAUCAACCUCAAAGAUAAAAAGUACCGAUACAUACAGUCUAUCCAUCUCUUUGCACUCUCUGGCCCCACCAUAAGUUUUGUUUUAAGGGGAAGCUGGAAGAUUCUUUUUGUUGGUAAGUGGCACUGAAAGAUUUAGGUUUUAUAGAUGUAGGAUAAUCCGAAAUCAGCCUAGUAGAACUAGUUUUCAAGGGCAUCAGUGGCUUCAAAUUCAUUCAAAUCCUAGAGAUCAUGCUGUUUGGAACUGUGAUGUAAAUUUGCAAGGCAUUGGUGAAGCAGAUCUGGAGUUCUCUUUUGAUUUUAAAGGAACUUUGGAAGGAAAUGAUGGUUUUUGGUUCUUGCUCUUUGUUUGUCCUUCAACUACUUAGAAAGGGUACUUUGUUAAUUAAAAUUUGUUCUUUUAUAGUUUAAUGUGUUUAGCAAGCUUUGCUGAUUUGUUUCCCUCUUGGGUCUGUGUUAAUAUGAUCUAUUCAGUUUAUUACUUGAAUUUAUGCUCUC